UUCAGGUGCCAAUUUCCGAUUGUAAUUAUAAAAGAUACCACGCGAGAAAAAUUAGGUUCUCAUACCAUCAUCAGCGUUGGAUACAUGGAUCCAGGAAAUUGGGCGACUGACCUAGCAGGUGGUUCCAGCUUUGGGUACAUGUUGCUUUUUGUCAUUCUGUUGUCAAAUCUGAUGGCUGUUAUUCUGCAAGGCUUGGCAGUGAAGCUUGGUGUCGUUUCAGGCCUGGAUCUGGCGCAAGCAUGCCGCAAGUUUACGCCAAAAUAUGUCAACUGGAUCCUUUAUGUGCUUGCUGAACUUGCCAUUAUUGCCUGUGACCUUGCAGAGGUUAUUGGAAGCGCAAUUGCUCUCAAUUUGUUGUUCAAGAUUCCAUUGCCAUGGGGCGUUGUCAUCACAGCUGCAGAUGUUCUAGUCAUUCUAUUUGCUUUCAGAGACGAUCAAUCCGUAAAAUCGAGGCGAUUGUUUGAGGCUCUUGUUAUCCUUCUGGUAUCCUGUGUUGGAGUCUGUUUUACGGCCGAGAUUGUAUAUGCACAACCGGUUGCCAAGGAUGUGUUUAAAGGGUUCCUGCCCAGUGCUGAGAUCUUGACGAACAGGGGAGCAUUAUAUUUGGCCAUCGGCAUUAUUGGAGCUACAGUUAUGCCUCACAACUUGUAUCUGCACUCAAGCAUUGUCAAGUUACGAACUAGUCGUGAGUUGACCAAGUUGGCAAGCAGUCAGGCUUCUAUGUCAUCCACAUCUAAUUUGAUGGCUUCUGAUCAACGACAGGCCAUGUUGGACGAGGACAAGGGCGCAGUAUCACUCAAGCAUUCGACCAUUAGAACCACGCUUCGAUACACUUUUGUAGACUCCACUGUCGCCUUAACAUUCGCUUUGUAUGUCAACUCUGCGAUCUUGAUCGUUUCUGCUGCCACUUUCAAGUACAAGUUUCCGGAAGUCGACAAUGAAGGUCUAGCAGAUUUUUUCGAUGCGUUCCAUCUUCUCUCACAAUAUCUGGGCAAGGCUGCUGGAUAUGUUUUUGCAGUUGCUUUGCUGAUGGCGGGUCAGUCCUCUACCUUGACAGCGACGUUGGCGGGUCAAAUUAUUAUGGAGGGCUUUUUGGGUGCUUCAUACCUGAAGCCAUGGGUACGCAGGCUCUUGACUCGCUGCUUGGCCAUCAUUCCAGCCCUAAUUAUCGUCAUCAUCAAAGGCCAAAGUGGGUUGUCUAAUUUGUUGCUGGCUAGCCAGGUUGCUCUAAGUAUCCAACUUCCGUUUGCUGUUGUUCCUUUGGUUUUAUUCACAAGCAUGGGACGAUGCAUGACCGUUCCGGUGGAGGAUAACCAUGACAAACCUGGAGAACUGACUUACGGCUUCCAAUACAAAGAGGACGAGAAGACUUCAUCUGUGCCUACAAAUGAAGAGCAUCGCACAGAAUCUACGGCCAUCCAUUCUCAUGCAAACAUUGGGUCCGAAGCUGCUGCGCCUCGACAACUCCUGCUCCAUAACUUUGCCAAUUCAUGGUGGCUUGUUAUCAUUUCGGGCAUCAUUAGCGUUGUUUUGUUAAGCUUAAACUUUUAUCUUUUGAUCCAGACAAUCCAGGGUAAAUAGUUUGUAUUUUUUGAUCAAUCUCUUUAUAUACAUGCAAUAUAUAGAAGCUAUAUUGCAUAUAUCUAUCUACUGUAUUCUUUGUC